AAUAAAACAAAUGUAAAAAUAGAGAUUUCCUACACUUGGUGAAUGGACUGAGAAAGUUUAUAUAUAUUUAAAUAUUUAAGAAAACAAGCUAAUUUACGGAAGAAAAGUUGAUAAUUAGAAAUCCGGAAGAAUUGAAAUGCAAAAUUGCAAAAAUGAUAUCUGAAGGUGCAAAACAGACUUAAAUAGUGACUGAUUUUGAUUAAACAAUAUCUUCUUUUCUUAGUCCAGCUACAUUUAGUUUGUUUAGGUAUAGAAUAAUAAUAUAAAAAUAGGAUGUCAGAAUUAUCACCUUAGGAAUUCAAAAAUAAAAUGUAAUCUUAUUAUGAUUACUAUGUUCCAAUUGAGAAAGAUUAGAGUAUUAAAAUAGAGGAAAAAAAUAAACACAUGCAUGAAUGGUAUUAGAAAGUAUCUGAAGCAUUUCAUGAAGCAAAAUUUACAAAGUCAUUAGCUUGUUAAAUAUUAAAUACUUCUCAUAUUUAUUUAAGAUAUCUUUUUGAACCAUUCUUUAAUAAAUGUGAAGAAGAGCAUAUUCCAUUUCAUAUUGUAAGUGGUGGACUUGAUAAAGUGAUAAAUACAAUUUUAGCUUCAAUUCAUGAGAUUGAAUCCUAUGAUGAAAUGACAUUACAUACAAAUUAAAUGUUGUUUUAAGAUGAUAUCUUAGAAAAGAUGGAAAUGCUUGUAACAGCAACUACAAAAGCUAAAAUAUUAGAAACUUCAGGAAUUCAAUUCAGAAACAAUACUAUUUUGUUAGGUGAUUUGCCAAGUGAUUUUUAUAUGACUAAAUUCUUAAACAUUCCAAAUUAAGUGAGCAUAGGAUUUUUAGUUUAGGAUCAUGCAUAGUAGAUUUUAAUUUAUAAUUAGUUAAUUGGAAGAAUAUAAGAAAUUAUAUGAUAUCACUAUCAUAGGUGAUCCUAGUUUCUUAGUUCCUUAAGUAUUGUUAUCCAAAGUAAUUGGGCAUCCAUUAUCAGAAGAAUGCACUUAGCUUUUCAAUUCAUAAAAUUAUGAUGAGCUUCGUGAACUCUUUUGAAAUAGAGAUUAUUUAAUACAAAUAAAC